UGCGUGGAGAAAUGGGCAAGAGACCACCUCCGGAUCCCAUAGCGGUAUUAAGAGGUCAUCGCGCUUCUGUUAUGGAUGUGUGUUUUCAUCCAUCUAGGCCUUUAGCAUUCACAGGUUCAACAGAUGGUGAGCUGCGGAUUUGGGAUACAAUUCAACACCGUACACUUACUUCUGCAUGGGUCCAUAGUGCAGCACAUGGGGUUAUAGCAGUGGCAAGUAGUCUUUCAAUUGGAAACAACAAGGUUGUAAGCCAGGGUAGGGAUGGAACCAUAAAAUGCUGGGACAUUGGAGAUGGAGCUUUCUCCAGGGACCCUUUACUCACAAUCAAGACAGAUGCAUAUCACUUCUGCAAACUUUCUUUGGUCAAAAGGCCUGUUGCUAGUAUAGAGAAAGAUGGAGUCAGAAAUUGUUAUAAUUGGGACAGUAACCAAACUGAUGAUGCUGAACAACUGGAGGCUAGUGAAAUAGCGGCAAAAGGAAGAUCAACAGAGUGUUCUGACCCACCACGAGAAGAAAUGCAUGGUGGAGGAGCUAAAUAUGUGGCUGUGGCAGGGCAACAGUCUUCUCAGGUUGAAAUUUGGGAUCUUAAUACUGGAGAUAGGUGUGCACGUUUGCCUCAAAGCAGUGAAGGAAGCUCCCUGAGUGUUUCUACGAAGGAGAGAGGACUUGGACUCGGGGAAGACGAUUGGCAAUGCUAGUAUGGAUUUGGGUCUUUAUCUACAGCAAGCUGACAGCUCUUUUCUUAAUAAACAAACUCAUCAUGCAGAUCUUGAUCUUCCCAUUGAAUUUCAUAAAG